UAUGGCGGCAUGAAACGUUUUAGAUGCGUACACACUGACUACUAACACAAAAAAAAAAAGAUAGGAAAAGUUAAGCGAUUUUAAAACGCCAAUUUAUAGUUUAAGUUCAUUUUCAAUUUUACGUAAAAUUUUAUUCGUCGUAGUUUUGUCAAAGAAUUCCAUUCAAAAAUCAGAACGGAGGUGUGAAAGGAGUAGAAAGAGAGAGAGUUGAGUAAAAAUGGCGAUACCGCCGUAUAUGAUACCGCCAAAUCCAUGGGCCGCGCAUAUGAUGGCGCAACAGCAAGCCCAAGCGUUUGCGGCUGCCCAAGCUCAAAUGCAACAGCAAAUGGCCACUGCACAAAUUCAACAACAGAUUCCGCCUGGUAUGCCGGGUGCGACAAAUGGACAAAUGCCACCACCGAUCCUACCCAAACCAGACAUUAUGACCGAUGAAAAAUUGCAAGAGAAAUCACAGAAAUGGCAUCAAAUUCAGACAAAACGUUUUGCCGAAAAGCGUAAAUUUGGUUUUGUCGAUGCACAGAAAGAGGAUAUGCCACCGGAACAUAUUCGAAAAAUUAUACGCGAUCACGGUGAUAUGACAAGCCGAAAGUAUCGACAUGAUAAACGUGUUUAUCUUGGCGCACUCAAAUAUAUGCCGCACGCUGUAUUGAAAUUAUUAGAAAAUAUGCCGAUGCCAUGGGAGCAAAUUCGUGAUGUAAAUGUAUUGUAUCAUAUUACUGGCGCAAUUACAUUUGUUAACGAAAUUCCAUGGGUCAUUGAACCAGUUUACAUUGCUCAGUGGGGAACCAUGUGGGUGAUGAUGCGUCGUGAGAAGAGAGAUCGUCGUCAUUUCAAGCGUAUGCGUUUCCCACCAUUUGAUGACGAAGAACCGCCACUUGACUAUGCCGAUAACGUGUUGGACGUUGAACCGCUCGAAGCCAUUCAGAUUGAAUUGGAUCCAGAGGAAGACGCAGCUAUUUUUGAUUGGUUCUAUGAACACAAACCACUUGUCGGAACGAAAUUUGUGAACGGAUCGACGUAUCGAAAGUGGAAUUUAUCAUUGCCACAAAUGGCUUCGUUGUAUCGUCUUGCAAAUCAGUUGCUCACUGAUUUGGUCGAUGACAACUUUUUCUAUUUAUUCGAUCCGAAAAGUUUCUUCACCGCAAAAGCAUUGAACAUGGCCAUUCCCGGUGGACCGAAAUUCGAACCAUUGAUCAAAGACCAUAAUGUUGGUGAUGAUGACUGGAAUGAAUUCAAUGACAUUAACAAAGUAAUCAUUCGACAACCGAUCCGUACCGAAUACCGUAUUGCGUUCCCAUAUUUAUACAACAACAUGCCUCAUUUUGUGCAUCUUUCAUGGUAUCAUACCCCAAAUGUGGUCUAUAUCAAAACAGAAGAUCCUGAUUUGCCGGCAUUUUAUUUUGAUCCAUUGAUAAACCCAAUAUCACAUCGUCAGUCAAUAAAAGUGGUCGAAGUGAGUGGUUUCGAUGAAGAUGAAGAGUUCACAUUAGACGAAGAAGUCCAACCAUUUUUACAAGAUACCCCAUUGUACACGGACAACACAGCGAAUGGUAUUUCAUUAUUAUGGGCACCACGUCCGUUCAAUAUGCGUUCCGGUCGAAUGCGUCGUGCCAUCGAUAUUCCAUUGGUAAAAACAUGGUACAAAGAGCAUUGUCCUCCCGGUCAUCCAGUUAAAGUUCGUGUCAGUUAUCAAAAACUGUUGAAAUACUACGUACUAAAUGCUUUGAAGCAUCGAAAACCAAAACCGCAAAAGAAACGAUAUCUAUUCCGUUCGUUUAAGGCAACAAAAUUCUUUCAAACGACCACAUUGGAUUGGGUUGAGGCCGGUCUGCAGGUGUGUCGUCAGGGUUACAACAUGUUAAAUCUAUUGAUUCAUCGAAAAAAUUUGAACUAUUUGCAUUUGGAUUACAAUUUCAAUUUGAAACCGGUGAAAACGCUCACCACCAAAGAGCGUAAAAAGUCACGUUUCGGAAAUGCCUUCCAUUUGUGUCGUGAAAUUUUACGGUUAACAAAAUUGAUCAUCGAUUCUCAUGUACAGUAUCGUUUGAAUAACGUCGAUGCAUUCCAAUUGGCCGAUGGUUUGCAGUACAUUUUCGCGCAUGUUGGCCAAUUGACUGGCAUGUAUCGUUACAAAUACAAAUUGAUGCGACAAAUUCGAAUGUGCAAAGAUUUAAAACAUUUGAUCUACUAUCGAUUUAAUACGGGUCCGGUUGGCAAAGGUCCUGGUUGUGGAUUCUGGGCGCCCGGUUGGCGUGUAUGGUUGUUUUUCAUGCGUGGCAUCACACCGUUGCUGGAGCGAUGGUUGGGUAAUUUGUUGUCACGUCAAUUUGAAGGUCGUCAUUCAAAGGGUGUUGCAAAAACCGUAACAAAACAACGUGUCGAAUCGCAUUUCGAUUUGGAAUUGCGUGCAUCGGUCAUGCAUGACAUAGUCGACAUGAUGCCCGAAGGUAUCAAACAAAAUAAAGCCCGUACCAUUUUGCAACAUUUAUCGGAAGCAUGGCGUUGUUGGAAAGCAAAUAUUCCAUGGAAAGUGCCCGGUUUACCGAUUCCAAUUGAGAAUAUGAUUUUGCGUUAUGUUAAAAUGAAGGCCGAUUGGUGGACCAAUACAGCGCAUUACAAUCGUGAGCGUAUUCGACGUGGUGCAACCGUUGAUAAAACGGUGUGCAAGAAAAAUUUGGGACGCUUAACACGUUUGUAUUUGAAAGCUGAACAAGAACGCCAACAUAAUUAUCUUAAAGAUGGUCCAUACAUAUCGCCAGAAGAAGCGGUCGCCAUUUAUACGACCACCGUGCAUUGGUUGGAAUCACGUCGAUUUGCACCAAUUCCAUUCCCACCGCUGUCAUACAAACACGACACAAAAUUGCUGAUCUUGGCAUUGGAACGUCUGAAAGAAGCGUACAGCGUUAAAUCACGAUUGAAUCAAAGCCAACGUGAAGAAUUGGGAUUGAUCGAACAGGCAUACGAUAAUCCGCAUGAGGCAUUGUCACGUAUUAAACGUCAUUUAUUGACACAACGUGCAUUUAAAGAAGUGGGCAUCGAAUUUAUGGACUUGUAUAGCCAUUUGAUUCCGGUCUAUGAUGUUGAACCAUUGGAAAAGAUCACCGACGCUUACUUGGAUCAAUACCUAUGGUAUGAAGCUGAUAAACGGCGCUUGUUCCCACCAUGGGUGAAACCAAGCGACACCGAACCACCACCAUUACUCGUUUAUAAGUGGUGCCAAGGUAUCAAUAAUUUACAAGACGUUUGGGACGUAUCGGAAGGUGAAUGUAAUGUAUUGCUUGAAUCACGAUUUGAGAAAUUGUACGAAAAAAUCGAUUUGACACUAUUGAAUCGACUGCUUCGUUUGAUCGUCGAUCAUAAUAUUGCCGAUUAUAUGACCGCAAAGAAUAACGUGGUUAUCAAUUACAAAGAUAUGAACCAUACAAACAGUUAUGGCAUCAUUCGUGGUUUACAAUUUGCAUCGUUUGUUGCACAAUAUUAUGGUUUGGUGCUGGAUUUACUUGUGUUGGGAUUACAACGAGCCAGCGAUAUGGCCGGUCCACCACAAAUGCCAAACGAUUUUCUCACCUUCCAAGAUUCGGCCACCGAAACAAAUCAUCCAAUUCGAUUGUACUGCAGAUACGUCGAUCGUAUUCAUUUAUUCUUCCGGUUUACCGCCGAAGAGGCAAGAGAUUUAAUUCAAAGAUAUCUCACCGAACAUCCAGAUCCAAACAAUGAAAAUAUUGUCGGUUACAAUAACAAGAAAUGCUGGCCCAGAGACGCCAGAAUGAGACUCAUGAAACACGACGUCAAUUUAGGUCGUGCUGUAUUUUGGGAUAUCAAAAAUCGUUUGCCACGUUCAGUGACAACAAUUCAAUGGGAAAAUACAUUUGUAUCAGUUUAUUCAAAGGACAAUCCAAAUUUAUUGUUCAAUAUGUCUGGAUUUGAGUGCAGAAUCUUGCCGAAGUGUCGUACCCAACAUGAAGAGUUCACUCAUCGUGAUGGUGUGUGGAAUUUACAAAAUGAAGUGACAAAAGAGCGAACGGCUCAAUGUUUCUUGCGUGUUGAUGACGAAUCGUUGGGUCGUUUUCAUAAUCGUGUGCGUCAAAUUUUGAUGGCAUCCGGUUCGACAACAUUCACAAAAAUCGUUAACAAAUGGAACACCGCAUUGAUUGGUCUGAUGACAUAUUUCCGUGAGGCGGUUGUCAAUACCCAAGAACUCUUGGAUUUAUUGGUGAAAUGUGAGAAUAAAAUUCAAACACGUAUAAAGAUUGGUUUGAAUUCAAAAAUGCCAUCGAGAUUUCCGCCGGUCGUGUUUUACACGCCAAAAGAAUUGGGCGGUUUGGGCAUGUUGAGUAUGGGUCACGUUUUAAUUCCGCAAUCAGAUUUACGUUGGUCGAAACAGACCGACGUUGGAAUCACUCAUUUCCGAUCAGGUAUGUCACACGAUGAGGAUCAAUUGAUUCCGAAUUUGUAUCGUUACAUUCAGCCAUGGGAGUCUGAAUUUAUUGAUUCGCAACGUGUAUGGGCCGAAUAUGCAUUGAAGCGUCAAGAGGCGAAUGCUCAAAAUCGUCGUUUAACAUUGGAAGAUUUGGAAGACAGUUGGGACCGUGGUAUACCCCGUAUCAAUACGUUAUUCCAAAAAGAUCGUCACACAUUGGCAUACGAUAAAGGUUGGCGUAUUCGUACCGAAUUCAAGCAAUACCAGGUGCUGAAGCAAAAUCCAUUCUGGUGGACGCAUCAACGUCACGACGGUAAAUUAUGGAAUUUGAAUAACUAUCGAACGGACAUGAUUCAAGCGCUUGGUGGUGUUGAGGGUAUAUUGGAGCAUACAUUGUUCAAAGGUACCUAUUUCCCAACAUGGGAAGGUCUGUUCUGGGAGAAAGCGUCCGGUUUCGAAGAAUCGAUGAAAUAUAAAAAAUUGACCAAUGCCCAGCGAUCCGGUUUGAAUCAAAUUCCAAAUCGUCGUUUUACAUUGUGGUGGUCGCCGACCAUCAAUCGUGCCAAUGUAUAUGUUGGUUUCCAAGUACAAUUGGAUUUGACCGGUAUUUUUAUGCAUGGUAAAAUUCCAACGUUGAAAAUUUCACUCAUUCAAAUUUUCCGUGCUCAUUUGUGGCAAAAAAUUCACGAAUCAAUCGUGAUGGAUUUGUGUCAGGUGUUCGAUCAAGAAUUGGACGCAUUGGAAAUUGAAACGGUGCAAAAAGAGACGAUUCAUCCACGGAAAUCGUACAAAAUGAAUUCAUCGUGUGCGGAUAUUUUACUAUUUCCGGCAUACAAAUGGAAUGUGUCACGACCAUCAUUGUUGGCCGACACCAAAGACACAAUGGACAAUACAACAACGCAAAAAUACUGGUUGGACGUACAAUUGCGUUGGGGUGACUACGAUUCACAUGAUGUUGAACGUUAUGCACGUGCCAAAUUCUUGGACUAUACCACCGACAACAUGUCAAUUUAUCCAUCGCCAACGGGUGUUUUGAUCGCCAUCGAUUUGGCAUACAAUUUGCACAGUGCUUAUGGUAAUUGGUUCCCGGGCUGUAAGCCGCUCAUUCAACAAGCCAUGGCCAAAAUAAUGAAAGCAAAUCCAGCAUUGUAUGUGUUGCGUGAACGUAUUCGAAAAGCGCUUCAAUUGUACAGUUCAGAACCGACCGAACCGUAUCUAUCGUCACAGAAUUAUGGUGAAUUGUUUUCAAAUCAAAUCAUUUGGUUUGUUGACGAUACAAAUGUGUAUCGUGUCACCAUUCACAAAACAUUCGAAGGAAAUUUAACAACCAAACCGAUUAACGGUGCUAUUUUCAUUUUCAAUCCACGUACGGGACAAUUGUUUUUGAAAAUUAUUCACACAUCGGUAUGGGCGGGACAAAAACGUUUAGGACAAUUGGCCAAAUGGAAAACCGCCGAAGAAGUGGCUGCAUUGAUUCGUUCAUUGCCGGUUGAAGAACAACCGAAACAAAUUAUCGUCACGCGAAAGGGUAUGUUGGAUCCAUUGGAAGUGCAUUUACUUGAUUUCCCGAAUAUUGUGAUCAAAGGAUCCGAAUUGCAAUUACCAUUCCAAGCAUGUUUGAAAGUUGAGAAAUUCGGUGAUUUAAUUUUGAAAGCAACCGAACCUCAAAUGGUUCUAUUCAAUUUGUAUGACGAUUGGUUGAAGACAAUAUCAUCGUAUACGGCAUUUUCGCGUUUGAUUUUGAUAUUGAGAGCAUUACAUGUGAACACCGAACGCACCAAAGUCAUUUUAAAACCAGAUAAAACAACAAUCACCGAAGCUCAUCACAUUUGGCCAACGCUCAGCGAUGAAGAAUGGAUCAAAGUUGAAGUUCAACUGAAAGAUCUGAUUUUAGCCGAUUAUGGUAAAAAGAAUAAUGUAAAUGUUGCAUCAUUGACCCAAUCGGAAAUUCGUGAUAUUAUUUUGGGUAUGGAAAUUUCGGCACCGUCGGCACAACGUCAACAAAUCGCCGAAAUUGAGAAACAAACGAAAGAACAGUCACAACUUACAGCGACCACAACACGAACGACGAACAAGCAUGGUGACGAAAUUAUUACAUCAACCACAUCCAAUUAUGAAACGCAAACAUUUAGCUCGAAAACAGAAUGGCGUGUUCGUGCCAUAUCAGCGACCAAUUUACAUUUGCGUACCAAUCACAUCUAUGUCAGUUCGGAUGACAUCAAAGAGACCGGCUAUACAUACAUUUUGCCAAAGAAUGUGCUCAAAAAAUUUGUCACCAUUUCUGAUUUGCGUGCACAAAUCAGUGGGUAUUUGUAUGGUGUUAGCCCACCGGAUAAUCCACAAGUGAAAGAAAUUCGUUGCAUUGUAAUGCCACCACAAUGGGGUACACAUCAAACCAUUAAUUUACCCACACAAUUGCCAUCGCAUCAAUACUUAAAGGAUAUGGAACCGCUUGGAUGGAUUCAUACACAACCAAAUGAAUUACCACAAUUAUCACCGCAAGACAUAACCACACAUGCAAAAAUCAUGUCCGACAAUCCAGCAUGGGAUGGUGAAAAAACAAUUGUUAUCACAUGCUCAUUUACGCCGGGCUCAUGUUCAUUGACCGCAUACAAAUUAACACCGUCCGGCUUUGAAUGGGGUUCGAAGAAUACAGACAAAGGAAACAAUCCAAAAGGAUAUCUACCAAGUCAUUAUGAACGCGUUCAAAUGCUGUUGUCGAAUAAAUUCUUGGGUUUCUUUAUGAUACCGUCGCAAGGCAGUUGGAAUUACAAUUUCAUGGGGGUGCGUCAUGAUCCAAAUAUGAAAUAUGAACUACAAUUAUCCAAUCCGAAGGAAUUCUAUCAUGAAAUUCAUCGACCGUCACAUUUCUUAUUGUUCUCGAAUUUGGAAGAUGGCGGCACUGAUGGCAGCAACGGUGCAGAUCGCGAUGAUGCCUACGCUUAAGCAUACCAUCUUUUUUUCUUUUUUUUUUAAAUUAAUUUUCACAUUGAAUUGACACUCGGAUCUUCGAGUAUAUAGAAUUUUAUUGAUAUGAAAAACAAUUAAUUUAGGAUGAUUUUAGAAUUUGGUUUAAUUCAUUCAAAACACCAAGCCACGUUUUUUUUCUUCUCAUUUGUAAUUUGUAAAGAAAAUAGAAAUCGAAAACAAUUUUAUUUGAGAACCGGUCGCAUGUGCUCUGAUUUAAAAGAGCCGAAAAAAAUGUCGUGUUUUUUCUCCUUCUAAAAAAAUGGUUAAGCAAUUAAUAUAAAUAAAUAAAUAAAAACAU